AUGGGAGGAAUGAGUAGAUGGUUGGAUGUAGAAGAAGGAACGAAUGAUGUACGUUUGGAUACGAUACCAAGCAAUAUAGGAAUAGCAGAUUUAAACAAUGACAAUGAAUUCAAACUUCUUGUAGGAGAUAUGGGAAAUAGCGAGGAACCAAAGUUAAAGAUUUUUGAAGGUGCUAUGCUGAUUUCAGACAUCAAUCUCCCAGAUGUACCACUUAGUGUUGUUAGCUUUUAUGCUAGUGAAACACAGCCUAAACCUCCACCGUUGGUAGCCGUCGCAUUCAAUUCCCGAAUUGACAUCUAUCGUAAUUUUAAAGUCUUCUAUAGGUUUCAAUUACCAAGUAUUAAAAUAGAAGAAAGUGAGAUAGAAAUUUGGAAACAGCUUAAAGAUCCAACAAAUUAUAAUGACACAUCAGUAACAAGACUUUGUGAAGAGCUAGAGAGCUUAUCAAAUGACCUAUGUUAUCAGUCUAAGACCUUUUUACUUAUGACAAUAGAAGAGAAGCUCAGUUUUCUAGAAACUGCUGAACUUCCUAAUGAAAUUCCAACAGAAUUUGUGUGCUUAACUACAUUAAAAAUGAGUGCUUUGGAUAAAAUGGCUGUAAGCUGUCUUGUUGUAGGGACGGAAGAUGGUGAUAUCAUUGUUUUGGACCCGCAUACUUUUACACAAUUAUUGAAGGCAAACUUAAACACAGUGAAAUCACAACCAUACCAGAUAGUUGCCACUGGCUUAUACAAUACUGAAUACAGAAUAACUAUAGCGACAAGGUAG